AUGGAAUCUGAACUGGAUCGAGACCUGAACACCUUAAUUGCGAAUCUAGAAAGCGAGGUGAUAGCCAAUGCGCCGACCGAGCGGCGGAUGCUGAGAAAAGCAAAGGACGCGCUCCAGCGCUGCUUGGGCUCCGCUACCGUGCCCGAAAUCGCAAGUAUUGCGCUCGGCGAAGUGAAAGCUUUGUUACAAUGGUUAGAUGACUACAAAAAGCUGCGCGCCUCCUCGGCCAACGUGGCUAGCCCGCUGGCCACACCCCGCGCUGCAGUCGAUUGUCACGAUGGCGUGCUGGACAAAUGGGCAUCUGAGCUGUACGAAGGUGCCCGAGGUGUGGCGUCCAUACUGGAUGUCGACGUCGAAAACGAACAGUGGGAGGUGGUGUCACGGUUGCAGUCUGAGACAGGACAGGGACUAGGUCCGGAUGGGAGUGAGCAAAACACACCAAUCAUCGUCUGGGCCGAUGACUGUGAGCAUUCAGACGGCGAAGCCAUGCAUGACAUGGGAAAGUUCGACCCAAUGUACUACGAAUGGUACCUUUGA